AUGGAAAACCCUAACCAAGACGCCGCCGCCGCCGCUCAAACACUCCCCUCCGCACAGGAAAACACCUCUCUCCCUCCCCCGCCGGCGUUUCCUUCUUCCCCCGACAGCCAGAUGCGGCAGAUUGCCAGAAAGGUCGCGUAUCUGCCGGACUCGGUCAAGUCCUUCCUCAUCACCGAGGUCGCCGCAAAUCACUGUCCCAUACUGUUUGAUCUCUGCAAACUCAAUUACGGACGUUCCCGCCAAAUCCCUCCGUCGCUUCCCAGCAGCCUCUCCCCGGCGCCCGGCUGCUCUCUGCCCGAUCAGGUAGCGGAGCUUUUAGAAGUGGUGGCCCGGGACGAGAGUAGGAAAAUUUACGUCCACAAUCUGAGUGGUGAGACGAGUAUGGACGACGUGAAUGGUGUUGUUGGGGAAUUUGGGGCCGUUGAGGAGCUUGGAUUUCGUUGGUCUACCACUCUAGCUACGGUCAAGUAUUUCGAUCCCCAGGCGGCAAGACGAGCCCUCGAAACACCUGUUGAGGUUAUGAACCGGCAUCACCUCCAAUGGCACUCUGUCAAAACGGGUUGCUCUAUCUGCGAAGGGCGGGCAGGUUUCUCAUCAUUUUUGAUAUGA